AUGUCCGACGAUAACCACCCGAUCCGAAUCGGAGUAAUGAGCUGCACCAACAUCGUCCGCAAGCUCUCUCGCGCCAUUAAUUUAGCUCCAAACGCUACCAUUGCAGCCAUAGCAAGCAUCACCAACUCCGUCGAAGAAACCAAAUCUUUCGCUGCAUCUAACGGUUUUCCUCCGACGGCCAAGAUUCAUUCCUCCUACGAAUCCCUUCUACAAGAUCCCGAUGUCGACGCCGUCUACCUUCCUAUCCCCACCAGCCUCCACGUCGAGUGGGCCGUACGCGCCGCCGAGAACGGCAAGCAUCUUCUCCUUGAUAAACCCGUCGCUCUCAACGUUUUCGACUUCGAUCUCAUCCUCGCUGCUUGCGAGGCUUACGGUGUUCAGUUCGUGGAUGGGACUCAGUGGAUGCACAAUCCCAGAACUGCUAAGAUUCAACAACUCAUCACCGAUCCAGACAGCUUCGGCCACCUCAAAUCCGUACAUAGUUGUUUUUCAUUUGCAGCAAGUGAAGAUUUCUUGAGAAACGACAUUCGUGUAAAGCCUGGUCUUGAUGGGCUAGGUGCACUAGGUGAUGCUGGGUGGUACACAAUCCAAGCAGCUCUUCUUGCCAACGACUUCAAACUUCCGGAAACCGUCACUGCCUUGUCCGGUCCUGUACUAAACGAUGCAGGAAUCGUUCUCUCUUGCGGUGCAUUGCUCAGUUGGGAAGAAGGUAUAACCGCAACAAUCUACUGUUCUUUCUUGGCGAAUCUAACUAUGGAGGUAACCGCAAUCGGUACAAAAGGCACGCUCCGUGUCCACGACUUUGUUAUACCGUUUCAAGAAACCGAGGCCUCGUUUACUACAAGCACUAGAAGUUGUCUUAAUGAACACAAAGUCAUGACUGAGCUUCCACAAGAGGCAUGUAUGGUGAUAGAGUUUGCUCGGUUGGUUGGAGAAAUCAAAAACAAAGGAGCUAAACCGGAUGGGUUUUGGCUGAGCAUUAGUCGGAAGACGCAGCUGCUUGUUGAUGCUGUGAAAGAGUCGAUUGAUAAUAACCUUGAACCCGUUUUUCUCUCCGGCCGGUGA